AUGGCGACGACCAUCAGUGGUUCCAAAAAUCCAGAUAUGGAUGAGGAAAACACGGAAAAUUCACCAAAGAUUUCUUCAAAUCAAAAUAGCAGUUCGGCGGAAAAAUCUUCUGCCGAGCUUCUCCAAUUGUCUAUGGAAGAAUUUUACAGAGAUCGACCAAUAUUGAUCAGCAAUUUGCCAGUUUCUGCAAAUGAAGAUGACAUAAAUGUGCUAUUAGGGGCAUACAUAGCAAAGAGUAUCGAAAUCAUUCCUGGACAAAGAAAAGCUGUGGUUGUACUUGAGAGUGGAAAUGAAAUUGAACAGUUAAUGCUAGAUUUACAAAACACAAAAUUCCGUGACUGUGUUAUAAGUAUAGAUCGUUGUGAGACUGAGAAACUUUUGUGCUGUGCUCACCUGCCCCAGGAUUACACACUACAAAAAUUCCGAGCCUUCGUGUCUCCAUUCUGUGCUGUUAAGAAGUGCUUUCUCUAUCGAGGUCAAACUACAAAUGACUUCAAAUUCUAUGGAGUUGUUGAAUAUAGUGCUCCCCUUAGUCAAAUAUUGAGUAUACGUACAGAGUUGGAUUGGAAAUUAGUUGAAGGACACCAUAUACACUGUGAUUUUCUGGACAAGAGUCUCUCUUCCUAUAGGAAAUUAAACUCCAAGUGUUUGUUUGUGGACAAUUUGCCCAAGGAUUUCACUAACACGUCAGAGUUUAGGGAUAUCUUUAGUGCACUUUCUAGUCCACUUUACUGCCAGAUUGUGAUGAAGGACGGGAAGUCCUUAGGUUAUGGAAUCAUUGAGUACAGGUCUUGGCAAGAGGCAGAAAAGUCCGAAAGACACCUAAACGGUCACAAGAUUCUGGAUGUACCAAUGAGGAUAACGUACUGUAUUCCAGGGAUUUCGGCCGUCACCAUCUGUUCUAGGCUUAUGAGUAAAUUUGACAAUCCUGCAGACAAUGUGUGUAAACCGAGCUUGUUACCAGACCCUGUACACCCCUGUAAAGAACUACUGUGUAACCCGCUUGUUCAACGUCUCACAUCACAACAUCCUACAUUGAUGAAAAAGUUUGAAGAGGCAUUAGAAAAGAUGCACAAAACCUAUAUAAAACAGCUAACCUCCAACCCAGAAAAACCAGGUUUGCUUGGACCUGCUCCAGCCAUGCCAUUAAGCCCUCUGAUGAACGUGAAUGUACAGCUAGGGCUGUUUAUACUUCUAGCAUUCCAACUUCAGAUUCAAGCUCCCAACAGUCAGUUUUUUGAUGUAGAUCUUGCAACUUUGAUGUCAAAGAAAGUUAAUAAUAACCAGGCAGAGAAGCCAUCAUUGUUGGGGGAUCCAUAUGCCUCUCAGUCCAACAUUAUCCUCCAGAGUCUACUGUCUAAACUGUCCCCCGGUAAACCAAAUCAGCCAUAUUCGGGUUCUGAUAUCAGUUCAAUGUUAUUGUCCGUGUCACAAAACCUACAGAACAUUGAUGUCAGUGGCCUUACAAAUAUAGGACAGAUUGCUGUGCAAUUAGGUCAUGAUCUUGGCUGCACCCCAGGGGAAGUUACUCCUCUCAUGGAUUUGACAAUAAAAAAUUCAAAAGAGGGAUUGCUUGGGGCAGCUCCACCAGAAAUUCUUGGAUUAGUGCAUAGAGGGCAACCACCAAAGAAAAGUUUGUUUGCCAGUCAGCCCAAUCAAGAGGGAGAUGUGAAACAAUCCCUGUUGGGAGAACCUCCUCAGAACUUGAUGCACAGCUGGGGAACUAGACCAAAAACUGGAGGCCUGCUGCCAAAUCCAGAUGCUACACAUACUCAACAAAGAAAUCCACAGCAGAGAGGAAAUGGAGAACCAAGUGAAUACGAUCAAUACUAUGGAUACAGCAGGGAUGAUGGAGGAUAUUAUAGUUCUAGUUAUCAGAAUCCAGGAAGUACAUAUGAUUAUUUGGAAGAAAGUUAUAACUACAACCAUGAUCAGCAUUACCAGGAUAUAGCAGCUAAAGCAGCAGCUUACGCAGCUUACAACCAGACUGGUUACAGUUACCAUGGUUAUAGCGGACAGGACGAAUCUUACAGUUCAGGUUACGGCAGUGUAUCGGGUCAGGAUUACGACGACUCGUACAGCUACAGUAGUGCCGAUUACAGUUACAGAGGACACACAGAGGCAACGCCCACUCAUCACUCAGUGACUUCCCCUCAGUCCAGCUACGAACCACUUCACCUUCACAGCUCAUCCUCAGUGGAACCACUCCCCUCAAAAACUGUAGAUUAUUACCAUCGACCUUCAGCACCGUCCCAGUCAUAUAAAGAACCAAUACAUCCUCCUGGUACAUCAAGGGCAGAUAACCAACCUUUACUGAAGACCCCACAAGGUCAGAAGAGAAGCUACAGUCACUUAUUACCUGCCCCUGAGCCCAGUCCGGAGGGGGAGUACGUGGGACAACAUUCACAGGGCAUCGGGGGUCAUUAUGCCACAUCGUACACCAAUAAACGACAAAAAGUAUCGCACACAAGAUUGAUGAUGCAAUAUUAAUAACAAUUUAUAGCAAUUUGAUUUUAUCUUGAACGUCCUUUGGCAGAGUCAUUUUUCAUGGGCAGAUUACAUUGCAAAUAAAUAUAUUUUUUGAGAUUUAAUUUCAUUCCAUUGGAGUGUGUACAUAUUGAGAUGUUGAAAAUCAUUUAUUUACUGGUAUAUUUUGUUGAUCAGGAAAAGUUACUCAAUCAUGGACAAAAAUAAUCGAGCAGGAAUUAGUAGAGAGCUGACAGAUUCAAUUUUAAAUUGUACAAUGUUAAAAGCCAUCUGUAGUGCUAAGACAUUCUUCAGAGAGAAAAAGUGCCAUCUAUAUUUUGUUGAAAGAUAUUGAUAUUUUUUUGUUACAGAGGAUGAAGUUUUAUAUUCUAAAAUUGAUUUUAUUCCUUUUUUAAAGACUUGACUAAGGAAUGUCAAGAAUUUAUUGGUUAUUUUU